AUGUCACUACAACAAUCUGGUUCCUCUCGGAAUGAAAAGAAGAGACGUAUUGAGGAUAUAGACCACUCAUAUGGAAAUACUUCUUCAAACAUUGAUUCUUGGGCUAGAUUCUUAGUUAUUGAGGCUAGCGAUAAAUUACCUAUCAAACUGAACCCGUUUGCUAUCUCUAAAGCAAUUUCUGGAAUUUGUGGAGAGGUGAAAAAUGUCACCCGUCUUCGUAGUGGCUCACUUCUGGUUGAGUGUGCACGGAGACAGCAAUCUCUCAAUCUUUUGUCUAUCACAACUUUUGCCGAUAUUGAGGUUGCUGUGUCUGUGCACAGAACACUGAAUUCUUGCAGAGGCAUCGUUCGCGACAGGGCUCGUUGCUUGUCCGACAUGUCGGAAGAGGACAUUGCUGCAGAGUUGGAGGAGCAAGCUGUCACCGCAGUAAAACGUUUCACUGUCAAGAAAGAUGGUGUAAUAUCAAAUACUAACACGUAUCUCUUGACGUUUGCGCGUACAUCGAUUCCGCAAUCAAUUAAGGCAGGUUAUUUCAAUAUCGGAGUGGAGGUGUUUGUCCCCAAUCCACUCCGAUGUUACAAAUGCCAACAGUUCGGUCAUGGGUCAAAGUCUUGUAACAACUCUGUGGUGUGCCAUCGUUGUGGUGGCACCCAUGAAUCCUCAGAUUGUGAAAAAGAUUUUUACUGCUUCAACUGUCAUGGCCCACAUCCUGCAUCAUCAAGGUCCUGCCCUGUGUGGCAAAGAGAAUCAAACAUUAUGAAAAUCAAAAGUGAAAAAAACAUUUCUUAUCUCGAGGCCAAGAAACUGUUCACACAUCAGACCUCAGCUCCUGCCAAUAUAACAUACUCUGCUGCAGUCACUCGUUCUGUAACAACAUCUUCUAUUUCAUGUCAGACUGACUUAACAUGGGUCAAGUCUGAACAACCUGUUGUAACAGCUUCAAUAAAGCAGUCUAUUUCCAUAGCCACUCAGUCCAGUGCUGGAUCUCAGACAGAGAGUCAGCCUGAGACAAAUUCUCAGACAGAGAGUCAGCCCGAGAAUAAAUCUUCAACGUCUAUGUCCCUACCGGACACCAUUCCUUUGACAAGAAAAGAAAAAAAGAAAUUGAAUAGAAAACCAACAACAACCGUCCCUACAUGUUCAGAGGUUCCUCUACAGAACCUUUUUGGACCUCUGGAUAUGGAGGUCACCCUGUCCUCACAGGACAGGCAGAGGAGUAGUUCCUCCUCACAUUCCCGUGAAAGAUCUCCUAUUGAGCCACCAUGA